AGACCUCUAUACUUAAAUCAUCAUCCUACAUUCCAGACAAGCUUGGCUCCAAAAAUGAGGAUGCAAUUUACAGAGAAGAACCACAACAGUUUUAUAAUGCAGGCUCUCAACAAACAGAGAAAGAACAAGGAGUUUUGUGAUGUGGCCCUCAGUGUGGACCAGAAUAUCUUCUAUGCCCACCUCAAUGUCUUAGCAGCCAUGUCAUCUCAUAUAAAGAAUCUAAUCUCCAGCAAUGACAUGAAAGCCAACGAUGAGCUCUUUAUGAUCAUUGACAGCAAGUUCCUGAGCCCUUCCCUGGUGGAGGAGCUGCUUGACUACUUCUACACUGGGAAGGUCGUGAUUUCAGAAAAGAACGUGGAGAACCUGCUGAAGGGAGCCAAGUACUUCAGUUCCCAGACUCUGAAAAGUCACUGCUCUGACUUUCUCCUCAGGUCCCUCAAGAAGGACAACUGCCUCUAUUACAUGCUCCUGGCCAACACAUAUGACCUGAAGGAGGUGGGCAACGCUGCCUAUGAUGUUAUACGAGACAACUUCCAUUACUGGGCGGGCCCUGAGGGCAUCACCGAAUUUGUGCACUGCCCUCCUCAUGUUUUCAGCCGGCUCAUUAAAGAUGAAAAUCUUCACGUACAGAACGAAGACCAGACAUUCCUGACUCUCAUUCAGUGGGCGAAAUACAAAAAGAGUGAGAGGGAAAAGUAUUUUAAGAAGUAUUUUGCCCAUAUACAUUUGCCCGCUGUCUCCACCAAGACGCUGCUUGCUGGCUGCCGGGAAGUGUUGCUCUUUCCAGACCAUUCUGGGCCCCUGUCUCGGAUAGAGGGUGUUCUGAGUGAACGCAAACAGGGAAAUAUGCAAAGCCUGACACUUUACCAGCGGAAAGGGGCCAUGAUAGACUCUGUGGUGAUUUUAGGAGGACAAAAAGAGAAGGGUAAGUUCAACAAUGGGGUUUUUGCGUACAUCAUUGGAGAGAACAUCUGGCUGAAGCUCACAGAGAUGCCUUACAGAGCAGCAGCUCUUAGUGCGACAUCAUUAGGGAAAUACAUUUAUGUGUCAGGAGGAACAACAGAGCAGAUCACUGGGUUGAAGACAGCCUGGAAAUAUGAUAUGGAUACCAACUCCUGGGUCAAGCUUCCAGACCUGCCCAUCGGUUUGGUCUUCCACACCAUGGUGACUUGUGGGGGAGCAGUAUACUCUGUAGGAGGAAGCACGGCCCCAAGAAAAUACAUCUCAAGUAUCUACAAGUAUGAUGAUGGGAAAGAGAAGUGGGUUCUUGCUGGGAAGAUGAGCAUUCCCAUGGAUGCCACUGCGCUGAUCACCAAGGGAGACAAGACUAUUUACAUUGUGACGGGGAGAUGCCUGGUGAAUGGGCGCUUCUCCCGCGUGGGGGUGCUGGAUUGCUUCGACACUCAGACGCGAAAUGUGGUGCAAUACAUCACAUUUCCCAUCCAGUUCAACCACAAGCCCUUGCUGUCCUUUCCCCAGGAGAAUGUCUUGAGCAUACAGAGCCACAAAGAAAGCAUGGACAUAAAUCUGCAAAAGAUUAAAAUGAGCAAAACCACCAAACUUGUGCCUCUCUUACCGAAUAACUACAGCUUGGAUCUGUCCCAUGCAGUGUGCUCUGUCGGGAAUAACAAAGUGUUUGUGUGUGGUGGCCUCAUCUGUCCAGGUGACACACGUCCAGAGGAAUAUUCCAUCAACCGGCAAGCAUAUAUGCUAGAUCAAAACACUGGGGAAUGGAGGAUUUUGGCAGAGCCUCCAGAAGCCCUGGAUUGUCCUGCUUGCUGUACAGCUAAGUUGCCAUGCAAAGUUCUCCAAAAAACUGUAGUCAAUUAA